CACUAAUCGACUCCAGUUCCAACAGGUUGGUCCCCGACCACUCGCUCUCUGCGUCCCCGUCAUAUCGCGAUCCCGUUCGCCUGCCAUUUAGGAUGUCCCACUCACGAUCCAGCUAUCAACGGGCCGUCGGGGUCUAGUCAAGACCUGUUGGAAUCGUCAACGGCAAAGGCCGAAAUGAGAUACACCCGAGGAGUGCCCAAGCUAGCAGUUCCACUCUUGAUACGUGGACAGCUCUCUCUCGUCAGCUUGAUGCACACACCCAGAAGCAGUCGUUGCUCGGUACAUCUCAACGUGCAAGUGGGGGACACCAUGCAAGAGAAGCGGAGUUCUCCCAAUCUUCGGGGUCUUGAAGACCUCCCCCUGCUGUGUAACCUUGCCAGUCCUCGACCUCCAAGUAUAUGGUUUCCUGCGAACAGAAUCGAACAUGCGUGUUGCCAUCAUUGGAGCAGGGCCAGGAGGCCUGGUCACGCUGAAGUACCUCCUCCAGGCUAAUCAGGACUUCAAUGUCGAGCCCAUUGAGGCCAGACUCUUCGAAACUAAGGAUGGCAUUGGAGGCACUUUCCGCUAUCGCACCUAUCCAGAGGGCGAGAUGGUGUCUUCCAAGUUCUUGACGAUCUUUUCAGAUUUCAGGAUACCACCAGAACGCACUGAUUGCGGAGACUUUCUCGGUCUCGCUCAAUACGUCCAGUACCUUGAAGACUACUGCGAUCAUUUCAAAUUGCGACCACAUAUCGAGCUCAACACCACAAUAACGAAUGUACGCCGGGCAAAGGAUGGCAAAGGCCAUAUCGUGACCUAUUCAUCCCCGGAUGGAACCAGUGAGGAAUGGGCCUGCGAUGCAGUUGCAGUUUGCUCUGGGUUGCACGUGGAUGCCGUUGUGCCCGACAUUCCCGGCAUCGAGAAAGUGCCGACUGUCCUUCACUCCUCUCAAUACAAAGGCCGGCACAUAUUUACCGAAGGCAGCAAUGUCGUGAUCCUUGGUGUAGGAGAAACGGCAAUGGACAUGGCAUAUUUUGCCGUGACUUCUCCCACCAACUCGGUGACGCUUUGCCACCGAAAUGGAUUCGUCCUGGCACCUAAGCAUGUGGAGCGCUUCGUCGUCAUGGGCAAGCGGGAAGAUGAAUACAACCCGUCCCCGAUUGACACCAAUUGGAACUGCCUGUUUGACACUGCCUAUGCACACCCGAAGCUGAGGAACUCCCGAUGGCAGUGGGUGUUCUAUGACUGGUGGACCAAGGGAGCUUGGAUACUCCUGAACAAUACUCGAUACGGGUAUGGUCAGCAUGCGGGAAUCAUCAAGGGCUAUCACAUGUCUGAGAUUCUCUUUGUCAAAUCCACCAAAGUCCAGCCAUACUUUGACAGGCGCUACAUCAAAGACAGCAGAUUGAGGCGGUUUAUGGAACGUAUCAUUGACCUGCCGCGGGUCGACACCAAGGGUCAUACCGUCGAUUUUGCCCCAUUCCCGGAGUAUGUCGACGACGAAGGAGUCAUCCAUUUCCAGAAGAAUGAUACGCAGGAGUCGAAGUACAUUGAGACUUUGAGGAUCAAGCCAGACGUUGUCAUCUACGCAACUGGCUACCGUCACCUGACAUUCCCAUUCCUCAGCGGCGGAUAUCCUCACUCCAACGAUGCCGAUGUUCGAGCGAUCUGGAAGGACGGUGACGAGACUGUUGGCUUCAUAGGUUUCGUUCGGCCACAGAUCGGUGCAAUUCCACCUCUAGCCGAGUUCCAAGCCCAGCUCUGGGUCCUUCGAAUCCUCAACCUUCUUCCUGAGGCAAACCUACGAUCACUGUCUCCAGAACUGAAUCCCGAUGCGGAAGAGUGGUACCGGUUGAAGACAAAGCCUGAAGCACGUAUACACCAUGGAGUAGAUCAUGAAUCCUACGCGUACCAGAUAGCUCUCGAUAUGGGCUCGGCGCCAUCCGCUGCCCAAGUGCUGAGGCGUGGAUGGAAAGUCUUCGUUGCGUGGGCGUUUGGUGCGAACAUGAACACUAAAUUCCGAAUGAUUGGCCCGUGGCGAUGGGAAGGGGCCGAAGGAGUCAUGAGGGGAGAGUUGUACGAAUUGGUCAAGAGGCGACCAUUUGUCUGGGGACAUAUAUUGCUCAACGCUCUACCCAUGUCAAUCUUCGGGCCACUGAGUUUCUGCUAUUGGCUUUACUAUAGCACCAUUGGCCGUCUCCUGAACAAAUUGGGCAUCUCGAGAUCCCGGAGAAGCAACAGCUACAACAAGCUGCCCUAGCAGAGGGCUCGCGAAGGCAAUGGGGGGUAGCUAAUGACACUAUUGAGCCAAGGCAUAUCGUUGCUGAGGUAGCCCUUAUGAUGGCGAUAUUUGGUGAAACAACUAUAAUUCUGCAAUUGGCGCACAACAGGCUGCUGGGUACAUAGGUAACAAUCAUGAUCCCCUUUCAAUGAUGUUUGAUUGGCCUACCCUUUCUGGGCAUA